AUGGUCAAGACCUCCGUCCUUAACGAUGCGCUCAACGCCAUCAACAACGCCGAGAAGGCUGGCAAGCGCCAAGUCCUGAUCCGUCCUUCCUCCAAGGUCAUUGUCAAGUUCCUCCGCGUCAUGCAGAAGCACGGCUACAUUGGCGAGUUCGAGGAGGUCGACGACCACCGCAACGGCAAGAUCGUCAUCCAGCUCAUCGGCCGCAUCAACAAGACCGGUGUCAUCUCCCCCCGCUACAACGUCCAGCUCCGCGACAUGGAGAAGUGGGUCGUCAAGCUACUUCCCUCUCGUCAAUUCGGUUUCAUCGUCCUGACCACCUCUGCCGGUAUCAUGGACCACGAGGAGGCCCGCAGGAAGCACGUUGCCGGCAAGAUUCUGGGUUUCUUCUACUAG